UCAUCGUGGAAAGCUUGCUUGAUGGGGUUUGAAUAGUAAAAAUCUUUUUUUUAUUGAGAUACAGACUGCUGAUUCAUGGGCUGACUCACGGACGACUUAAGGGUUUAACUUGAAUUUACAGACAGACAGGCGGACAGACUUCGACGACGGACUGAACGGAAAUACUCUACAUCUUCAGAUUAUUAGAAGAACGGAAGGAAAUACCCACAUUCUUAGUCUAGCCACUGCUCAGACGAAGACGAAGACGAAUUUCCUACAUUCUCAGUCUGACCACGCUCAGACGAAGACGAAGGCGACAACAAAUUCCCUACAUUCUCAGUUUCAUUACUGAUCGAAAGAAACCAUCUACAUGCAUCCUCACCCAGACGACAUGACGAACGCCAUCGACAAGACAGCCACGAACGGCUACACCAACGGCGUCAAGGUAGCACCACCACCAGCUAGCACCAACGGAGCCAGCACCACCACUACCACCUCCAACGGCACAACCACAAAAGAAACUCCCACAAACGGCACAACCACCAAAGAAACCCCCCAAAACGGCACAACCACCGCCCCCCUCCCCCCCGCCACCUCCCCCUCCCUAAUCCUCACCCACCCCACCCCCACCGAGCGCCGCCACACCUGGCUCAAAUCCUCCACCGACUGGGGCGCCGCCCUCCCGACCCCAACCUACAUCGAGCGAGAAUCCCAUCUCUGCUCCGCCUCCACCCUCGCCUCCUCGGGGGGAAUAACACACUGGAUCCUCGUCGACCGGUCCCUCCCCGCCGAUUCGCGCCCUGUGCUCGCAACAGCAGAGAGUCUGCGGAAGCGCACUUUAGUUGCGACACCGGGGGGGGAGGUGAGGGAGGCGGUGAGUCAUGGGAUUGGAAGCGUGUUUUGCUAUCCGGAAUACAGGGGACAUGGGUAUGCGUCGAGGAUGAUGACGGAGUUGGGGGGGGUGUUGAGGGGGUGGCAGGCGGAGGAGAGUAGAGAUCAGAAGGAGGUCGUGUUUUCGAAGCUGUAUUCGGAUAUUGGGAGGGGGUUUUAUGGGAGGCAUGGGUGGAUGCCUUUUCCGAGUGGGCAUGUGGAGUUCCCAGCCGCUGCUGAUGGCGCGGGGGAGGGACAGAAUGGGAAGGUGGGAGGAGGGGUGAAGUUGUUGAAGACUGCCGAUUUGAAGGAGUUGUGUGAGGCUGAUGAGGGGAUGUUGCGAGCGCUAAUGGAGAAGCCGAGCGGGGAUGGAAAGACUAGAGUUGCCAUCCCUCCCGACGCGGAGCACUUCGCCUGGCACCGCGCACGGGAGGAAUUCGUCACCCGCGCGCUCUUCGGACGUAUCCCCGAGAUCCGCGGUGCGUUGGUCGGCGAAGUCGGAAGCAGGGUGUGGGCAGUGUGGACGAGGGGUUUCUAUGGGAAGAAAGGCGAGACGGCGAAGAAUACGCUUUAUAUCCUUCGACUUGUUGUUGAGGAGGAGAUGAAAGGGGGGAAGGUGGAUGGAGAUGUGUUGGUGAGACAGUUGGGGGAGGUGGUGCGGGUUGCGAGGGAGGAGGCGAGGGAGUGGGGGUGUGGGAGGGUGGAGGUGUGGAAUCCGAGUGUGGUGGUUGGGGGGGCGCUGGAGAGGGUGGGGGGGAGGACGGUGGAGAGGGAGAAGGAGGGGAUUGCGAGUGUGAUGUGGUAUGGGAAGGAGGGGGAGGAGGUAGAGUGGUUGGCGAAUGAGAAGUAUGCUUGGUGCUGAGGAGGUGGGGGAUUGUGUGGAAGGCUUUUUCUUUGCUUUGGCGGCAAGAGUGGUUUUAGAGUGCGCAUUGGGCUUGGUGGGCGGUUUUCUGACUAUGAGCUUUCACGUUUAGAUCGCGUACAUUGUUGGGGACUUGAACGGUGUGUUAAUUGACAUUGAAGUUGCCUUGAUUGGUAUUCCUUCUUGUAAAUACAGAUCUGAUCUGAGA